AUGACGAUCAAGAUCCCAUGGCCGGCUGUCUACCUUGCCAUUGCAGCCUCCGUCUACCUGAGACCUCAAUACACGAUUCUUAACUCACCAACGGCGACAUUCGUCGUACUGUCUCUGGCUGUUACUUGCUUCAGGAUCAUCUAUGCCCUCUUCCUGUACCCUAGAAUCUUCACCCCUAUAAAGCACAUUCCCACUCCUCCGGUCAGGUCAUGGCUUACUGGAAAUACGAGCACGUAUCUGAUCGAGUCGCCUUUCGAAGAGAUGAUAGAAUGGGCUCACAAAGUGCCCAACGACGGAUUAAUUCGUUACUAUAUCGUGGGCAACCUCGAGCGUGUAUUGCUGACGAACCCUAAAGCCCUUAGUGAGCUUCUUGUCACGAAGGUAUACGAGUUUCCUAAACCUCAGAUGGUAAGGCAAAGCCUUGCACGCGUUGCAGGAAAGCAUGGUGUACUUCUCGUCGAGGGAGACGAGCAUAAGAAGCAACGAAAGAAUCUCAUGCCGGCUUUCUCAUACCGCCACAUAAAGGACCUCUACCCGACUUUCUGGUCCAAGAGCAUUGAGAUGGUCAAGCUGAUCGAAAAAGACCUCCAUAACCGAGCAGACGCCAAAGACAAUAUUGUUCGCGUGAGCGAAUGGGCCAGCAGAGCAACUCUAGACAUCAUCGGUAUCGCAGGAAUGGACCAUGACUUUGGUUCUCUGCACGAUUCUAACAAUGAACUCGCCAAGCACUACCGGCGGCUCCUCGAAGAGCCGUCGCUCGCAAUGCGUAUCAUCUUCGUCAUCGGUGUCCUUGUCGCGAGCCUUGGAGUCGUGCAAAGCCUCCCCCUGAGGCGAAACCGCGAGAUUCGCGAAAGCUCCCUCUACAUCCGCGACGUGGCCCGCCAAAUGAUCCGCAAAACGGAAGCAAAGAUGAAGAACCAAGCAUCCGCCGAAACCGGAACCGACAUUGUCUCGGUGGCCCUGGAAAGCGGCGCCUUCACCGAAGAGGAACUCGUUGAUCAAAUGAUGACCUUCCUCGCCGCCGGCCACGAAACCACCUCCACAGCCCUCCAGUGGUCAGUUUACGCCUUGUGCAAGCAUCCGGACGUGCAGACGCGCCUGCGCGAGGAAAUCCGCACCCGCCUUCCCCCCAUCUCCCCCGAGCACCCUGAACCCUUAUCCGCCGCCACUCUCGACUCCCUCCCUUACCUCAACGCAUUCUGCAACGAGGUCUUCCGCUUCCACCCUUCUGUCCCGGGCACCGUGCGCGAUGCGGCCAAAGACACAACGCUACUCGGAUAUCCGAUUCCCAAGGGCACAAGGAUACUCGUGUCUCCGGAAGUCAUCAACCACAGUAAGGAAUUGUGGGGCCCUGACGCGGACCAGUUCAAUGUUGAGCGGUGGUUGGGUCCCGGGCGAGCGAAUACUGGUGGUGCCAGUAGUAAUUACUCGUUUUUGACUUUUUUGCAUGGCCCGAGGAGUUGUAUCGGACAGGGAUUUGCAAAGGCUGAGCUGGCCUGUCUUGUUGCGGCCAUAGUGGGACGGUUUCAGAUGGAGUUGAAGGACCCCGAUGCGAAGCUUGAAGUGAGACAGUCGGCCACGGUUGCUCCAAAGGAUGGCGUGCUGGCUAGAUUUACCCCGUUGGAGGGGUGGUAA